AGUGUGAUGGGACUACCUUUGCGCAGUGCUCUCCUUUGAAUACGAGAAGAAUUAAAGAAACCAUGAGGGCGGAGGAAGCAGGCGACCUCCCGGUACUAGCCUAAAGAUGUUACUGUCUAAUGGCCCUUGAGUAUUCCAUUUAUGAAACAAUCUGAGAUUCUUUCCAAUGAGUAAAGCCUUUAUGACAUGGGGCAGCAGACACAAUACCACAACUAAUCGGAUGAGGACAGAACCCCUACUGCUAACUGUCUGCUUGCUCGAAGAUAUUCUCCCCACCCAAGGGUGAAAGUCUGUUGGAAAUGUCUUUGGAAUCUGAGUACCUGAAAAAGUGCUUGGGAACGUGUUUAGUUCAAGGCCUUGCUAAGUUGCUUCAGCAUCGCCCAUCAGAUCCAAUAGAGUACCUGGCAAUUUGGAUUUAUGAAUAUAGGAGACAAAUGUAUGCAAGUCACCAGAGAAUGCUAGAGAAGCUUCAGCUGAGUGAGGAAAGAAUGGAAAACCUUUUGGAACUAGAAAUAGCACAGAAACUGAAGGCAGAGGAAAUUCAGUUCCAGAAAACACAUGAAGAGUAUCAAAAAAAAACAACUAUGGAGACUUAUCCAGAACUGAAACCUCACACGUGGCAGGAAAAGUUUGGACCCCUGACAUUGCCCCCUCUUGAAGAAAUAGAUGAGUCUUCAUUAAGCCCUAAUAAAGAAAAUGCAAUGUCCAAAACAGAAUGGAAGGAACAGCUUUCCCCUGAAUCUAAUAUUGCUACCAAGACUGGAUCUCAAGAAAAGUCUGUUUCAGAUGCAGUGAAUCCUACCUGAGGAUCAGAUAUCCAGCACAAAAGGUGGCAUUUCCCUGCCCUUGAUCUAUAGGGAGCGGAUGGUUCCAGUACCCUCCCUGGAGGAACAAGUCUCAAGUUUGGAUCCUCCUCAUCACUAGCAUAAUGUUAUUUUUA